AUGUCUCGACAGGCUGCCUUGUCUGCUGACUCCGGAUUUUUCAAUGUGGUAGGCAAUCGCUUGCUCAAGUUGGCCAACGAAGCGAAAGCAAAUCAGUCUCCUGUCCGCUUAAACAUUGGAGUGCUAGCCAAGUCGAUUGAAGACGCUAACAUUAGGGAGCAGUUCAAGCAGUCGUUAUUGUCCGCCAAGGCACUGAAAAAAGCGUUGAGAAGUAGAACUCUGAAGCCAAGAACUGACUCGGAACAACAUAUCAGGGAACAGGGUACGGAGGCUGAAGACAGCGAUACAUCCACAGAGAUGGUAGGUGGAGAAUCAACGGUGGACAACUCUGACGGUAAAGUAUACCCCAACCGGCCAAUCACGAAAGAAAUACUGCAAAACAAGGGUUUGGUCAAAUAUCGACACAAACGAGAACGGAAUCCCCGAGUACAUUUACGACACAAGUUCCGCAAGUCUGUGAUACGUUACCGCUCUCGCGUACCGCCAAUGCGCCAUGAAGACACUCCUUACAGCGGAGAAAUUAAAGGCAUCCGUGUACAUUUGAUCAAAUCACAUAAAUUCAAGCGACGCUGA